AUGAAAGUAUCAUUAAAGCUACUGCAUUUCUCCCCCCCAUUUUAUGUACCAAUCACUCAACAUUUCUCUUUAGCUUCUCAACUAGGCUUCCUUCAUGGAGAAACAUAUCAACCUUGAUAUUGAUGCUCAAGACAACUUUCUUCCCUCAUUUUCCACCACCAUUACCACUUCCACUUCCACCUCCUCCUCUUCCACCUCCACCACCACCACCACAUCUUCCACUUCCUCAUGUUCCAAAAAACAAGAAAAUCGUUUAGCUCCGAAAGGUUCAACAAAAGCUGAUCGUCAGGAAUUGGAAAGUGGCAAUAAUAACGAGAGUAGUAGAAAAAAGCAAAAGAGUGAUAAUAAUGAGAACGCAAAGCACCCGACAUAUAGAGGAGUAAGAAUGAGAAGUUGGGGUAAAUGGGUAUCUGAAAUCAGAGAACCAAGGAAGAAAUCAAGAAUAUGGCUUGGUACUUAUCCUACAGCAGAAAUGGCAGCUAGAGCUCAUGAUGUAGCUGCUUUGGCCAUCAAGGGUAACUCUGCUUACCUCAAUUUCCCUGAACUAGCUCUCGGACUUCCCCGUCCGGCCACCAAGGCUCCAAAAGACAUUCAAGUUGCAGCUGCCAAAGCAGCAACCGCUGUUAAUUUCCUUGAAAAAACGCAGUCUGAUGUUGAAGCUGGGAUGAGCCAAGCAGAAGGAAGCAGUAGUUUGGUCAUUGAUAACACACGAGAAUCAACAAGUUCUCCUUCCACCGCCACCACCACCGCCACCACUAGUAAUGAUUCUGAUGACACUUUGUUCGACCUACCGGAUCUAUUCGUCGAAGGCAUUGAUCGUCAUAAGAAUGAUUUUCUCCAUUAUUCUCCUUCAUGGCAGCUUUGUGCAGCUGAUACUGGGUUUCGGCUAGAGGAGCCUUACUUGUGGGAGUACUGCAAUUAUUAGAGACAUUUUUGUUUUUUGACACCAAGUAAAUAACUUUAGAAAAAUUCGUUAAAUUUAUCAACCAAAACUUGAUCCAUUCAACCAACAGAAAUCAACCCAGUUAGGAAAAAUCUCAUAUCAAUCUAUCUGGAGUUGCUCUUUUCCUUAAUUGGGUUCACUUCAGAAUUGCAGAUAAUGAUUACAUUUUUCCUGCUUGGCCCCUUGAAAACAACAGAAGGGCCUUAAAACUUUUUACUGCGCUGUAAUAUAUGAGCAAAAUAAUGAUUAGAAAAUGAUAUAAUGUAUUUAUUUUUAAUAAGUUGCUCUUUCUUUAUAUGAUUUGUUUUCUUUUUAACAUUUUAUUACUGUUUUUUAAAUCUCCUGGAGGGUUUCUUCUUGGGCUUAGUGCAAUCUUUUGACUUCAAGAAACAUUCUUGCUAACUAGCUAGAUUUAGAUAUCUAAAACCUUUUGUAUUAUUUUGUUCUAGAAAGAGACUCAAAGGUUGAUUUGCAUCAUAUGGCAAUUAUGUCUUUAGAAACUUUCCAUCUUUUCCUUCUUUUUCUUUGUUGUCUCUAUUUUUUAUUUUUUUCUCUCUUGAAAAGAAAUAUCAAAAAUAAUAAAUUAAACUUAUAGAGGAAGAUCUUGGUGAUAUAUUAGACCAAAAAGGAACCAAUGUAGAUUCCCAAGCUGUGUGGACAUAUAUGCAGGUACCCAAAUAAGGUGACAACACCAUCUAAGUAAAGUUUUUAUUUUUUUUAUUUUUUUCUAUUAUCCAAAGGACCUCUCUUUAGCCAAAGUAUCGUCAAUUUAGAAAAGCAAAGGGCCCUAUUUCCUUCCACUAUAUGUGUUAGUGACAAUUGACCUCACCAUCAUUAUAUAAUAUUUCCUCCAUUUUUCUAAUUCUUCAUCAUUUAUCAUUUUAUACAUUGCAUUUAGUCAUUGGCUAGCUAAAGUUUCAGAAUAGACAAAGUAUCGUCUCUUGAUUCCCUCGUAUUCAAAUGUGGCUCUUGCCAAUGAGUGAGUCUUAAGAUAUGGCAAAAUCAUCCCCAACAUUGAAUUUCUUUUAUUUGAUCCACCUUAUGCUUUGUGCACUGAUUAAUGAUCUUUAAACAUGAUUAUAAUAUCUGUAAACAACUGGAAAAUAUUCACUUUGAAUAAUUUUGAAUGCAAAUAUAUAUUCAAACUUUAAUCAUUUCCUUGAUUAAGAGAGCCGAGCAGAAACAAAUCAAAAAGUUUAAAAACCGUUAUGAUUAAAUCAUGCAAAAGAUUAAUGAUGAGGAUGUGCUAGCAUAUGAAAUAUGACACUUAGUGGUUUUAAUUACCAAGCUUUUGUGAAUUGUGAUACCACCAAAUUUACUUGGAGGACUAAGUCAACAUGCUAUUUUUUUUUUCUUUUUUCACCAAACCCCAUAUAAUAUUACCUAAUGAUUGGCUUAAUUUUAUGAUUUGAAAACUAAUUAUUAAUAACUGGAAUUGCA